AUGCUCCUACUCAAAGGCCUGUUGAUGGCAGCCUGCUGCUUUUCAACUUCAGUGCAGGCCUCUACUUGGCCUUCAUCUAUCGAUGGGCAGCCGGCACCAGACAGGUGGUUGCAAAUUAGUCUCAACGAAACUACCACGGCAAGCACCAAUCUUAGCACAAGGGGCAUUGACACUGGUCUUGUGGAGAGGACUCCUGUCAGAGUUUGCGAGCGGAUUAUCAGCACUACUGCAUCCUGUGUCGUGAUCACCAACUUUGUGAUUAGUAUGGCAAAGUCUCUCGCUAGUACCAUCAAGGAGCUAUCCAAUCAGGGUUCUUGCAGCACCAUGCAUGGCACCUACGAAUCCUUGUCCUGGGUGUAUUACUCCUCUGGCCGGAACUGCGACACCACAGCACAGCACGACACUAUUGCAGGUGCCAUUAAGAAAUAUCUUGCCGACACAAAUGGCAACAAGCUUUGCGGUACCGAAUGUCUCCGCAUGGAUCAUGGAGGCACAUGGGAUGGAUGGUUGAAGAUUGGCCCGACAGCGUCAUUCAAAUCGAACGCAUACUGUGGCCCAUCAUUGAGCUUUAGCAGUUGUCUAUCGGGCGGCAACAAUGACAUUUGA